AUGAUUAGCAUCGCCAGGUUCGCCAAAGCGGCGCCAUGCACAAAACCACUCCUUGGUUUCGCCUCUCUAGCUCUCAUGAUCGCGUUCAUCUUCUCCACUGUCAUCGUCACAGCUGGAAAGCAAGAAAGCAGCAAGGGACUAUACAUCGUCUCUUUCGAGUAUGAUGUCCCAGCUAGCAAUAACAGACUCGUCAGGCGUCAGCAGGAUGACGAUGAAACCACAACCAUUGUUCAGACUCGUUCCGUUGCUACGAUCUCUCAAACGAGAACCGUUGCACCAGAACCAACUGAGGAUCCAGCUCCAGAAGAAAAAAAGGAAACCACUACUCCUGCUUCUUCCCCCAUGCCAACGCCUACUCCAAACCUCAAGCUUCAAGAGAAAUUUAAACAAGCAGUCGAAUCCCUUAUUGAAGACGACAAAAUGAACGCCACUAUCCAGUUCAACCACGCUCGUGUCAGCUACAGCGGAAUCUGUGUCGAGGUUACUUCUAUGGAAGGAAUCAAGGGUGCCCAAUGGAGAUGUGGACCUGUCAAUACCACUGAAGUCCUCGGAGCCACCGCUGGCGGCGAUCCAUUCGAUCUCAUUGGCGUUGCCGCAUUCUUCAAGGAUAAGAUUGCAUUCUCCCUUCCAUGGUGGGUCGCAACUGUCUGCUUGGGUAUCGCCAUGUUGUGCCAAAUGUUGUUGAUGCUUCCACUCCUUCCUAUCCCACCUGUCGUCCAGAAGGUCACCGCCGUUCUCGCCCUCCUUGGAUGUACCGCACUUCUUGGAGGCUUGGUCCUACAGCACGUCGCUGCUAACACCGUUGCGUCGCUGUCUCUCAAGUUGACCAUGGGAACCGUCAACGCUCACGUCGGAAGAAUGAACCAGGCUCUCGGAUGGACUGGUUUUGCUUUGUCCCUGCUUGCAAAUAUCGGAAUCUGGGUUAUCGUGGCCGCUGAAAUGGCAAUUGAAAAGGGAGAGCAAAUGAUGAACCAUGCUACCGACGCCGCUAUCAACAAGGUUGAAUCAAAACUUCCAUAUGGCAACCCCGGACAGAACAGGAGCUUCAGCGGAUCGAGCACCGCUAGCAGCGGCCUCGGAAGGUCGCUCAGGGAUAACGGUCCAGAUGUUCUUCGAGGAUUGGCUAAGGCCAAGACAAGGGGCGAGGCAUUGAGUGCUGUCGCUGGUGGAUUUAGAAAUGAGAAGAAUCAUCAGCCCCAUAACAUGGUCUAG